CUCUUAGCUGUCAGCAGAUUGUCGCGUUCGGAGAAAAAGAAAACAUAGCCAUGGCGGCAGAGAUUCAUUCCAGGCCUCAAAGCUCAAGACCAGUUCUUCUAAAUAAGAUCGAAGGACACUCUCACGCGGUCAAUGCUGCAGUUUUGAUACCGAAAGAGGACGGAGUGAUCACGGUUAGCGAGGACAGAACUAUCCGGGUAUGGCUGAAGAGAGACAGUGGACAGUACUGGCCCAGCAUCUACCACACAAUCUCCUCGCCGUGCUCCUGUAUGUCGUACCACCAUGACAGCAGGCGCAUCUUCAUAGGGCAGGACAACGGGGCCAUUGUGGAAUUCCUUCUGUCUGAAGAUUUCAACAAGAUGAACCAUGUGAAGACCUAUCCUGCCCAUCAGAACCGUGUGUCAGACAUGGUGUUUUCUCUGGAGAGCGAGUGGGUGGUGAGCACCGGACACGACAAGAGUGUGAGCUGGAUGUGCACCCAGAGCGGCAGUAUGCUGGGACGCCACUACUUCGGCUCCUGGGCCUCCUGUCUACAGUAUGACAACGACACCCAGCAUGCCUUUGUAGGGGACUACUCAGGACAGAUCACCCUGCUGAAACUGGAGAGACAGACUUACUCCACCAUCACCACACUGAAGGGCCAUGAAGGUAACACACACACCACAGGAGGUAGUAUUGGAGCUCUGUGGUGGGAUCCUGUUCAGAGGCUUUUGUUCUCAGGGGCAUCUGACCACAGUGUCAUCAUGUGGGACAUCGGGGGCCGCAAGGGACGCACACUACUGCUCCAGGGACACCAUGAACGAGUGCAGGCGGUGCGCUACCUGCAGCUGACCAGACAGCUGGUGUCCUGUUCUGCAGAUGGAGGCAUCACAGUGUGGAACAUGGACACUCCCAGAGAAGAGGCUCCUCAAUGGUUGGACAGUGACUCGUGUCAGAAGUGUGAGCAGCCUUUCUUCUGGAACGUCAAACAGAUGUGGGACUCAAAGACCAUUGGGCUUCGGCAGCACCACUGCAGGAAGUGUGGCAAGGCGGUGUGUGGGAAGUGUAGUUCCAAGCGCACUACAUACCCUGUGAUGGGCUUUGAGUUCCAGGUGCGAGUGUGUGACACCUGCUACGACACCAUCAAGGACGAGGAUCGUACUGCGUUAGCAACGUUCCAUGAGGGGAAGCACAACAUAGCCUUUAUGGACAUGGACCCUUCCAGAGGCCUGAUGGUGACCUGUGGCAGCGACCGUGUCAUCAAGAUAUGGGACAUGACGCAAGUGGUUGGCUGUAGCAUAGCAACAGGCUUUUCCCCACGUUGAUUAACCCCCGCCCUCGAUCGGCCCCCAAACUCUGUCCUCUGCUCUACUGACAGGUGUCUCUGUCCUUGGGACCUCUGUUGCCAUGGCAACUCCUCUGUCUCCUCGUCCUUCUGGCUCCUCUUCUGUGUCUAGCUGCUUGUGUUCUCUCAACUCCCACUGGACGUUUGGAUGAAGAUACGUGUGUGUGUGUGUGUGUAUUGUGUAAAUGGGUGGGUACUAGUGUUCGUAACCUUUCGCUUGAUUUGGUGUCAGUUUUGUACGAGAGAAGUUAAGUAUCAAAUGUGUCUCAGGUCUAACUUCCAGUGUGUACCCGUUCAGCGGAGCGCCAAGCACAAUGUUCUAAAUGUGUGUGAAUGGAAGGAGCAGUGUUGGUGUUUUGUGUUUACUUAUGUUAGACUUCUGUCAGGUUUCUUUGACAUAGUGGGUCAGCUAUAAUUCCUCUUGCACUGUAAUAGUGGACUGCUAACACUCACCUAUUGGCUGCUGACCCAACUUUCUAGAUUUUAAAUAUUGUAAUGCUAACCAUAACAACACAGCUUUUAUAUAUGCAUAUGCAUAGUGUGUACAGUAUGAGAUGUAGUGUGCUUAUCGCUGUAUAUCCCUCACUGAUCAUGAGGUCAGUUUCUCUCUUUCUCGCUAGUCCUACUCUCUCCCCCUCUCUCUUUCUCAUUCUCUCUCUUCACUAGUUGGCCUUAAACUCACUUGUUUAUCUCAGGAGGAGGAGAUGGAAGAGUCAUUAGAGGGCAUGGCUGUAUGUGCCAGGUUGACGGCUCGAGCUGUCACCAUGGCAACCCUGGCCGAGCAGUAGCCACAGCUGUUCUCCCCCAGACUGUACAAAUAUCACUUCUUGUCCUGAUAACCAAGACCCCAUACUCUGUUGCCUUUGCGAUAAGUUAAGAUGAAUUUGCGUAUAAUGAAAAACGGUGUAAGGUUUUGAACGAGAGGUUUUUGUUAGGCUUUUGCUCUCUUUAGACAGGCACUUAGGUACUGAAAUGGUACUGUAUGAAAGUCAAUGUAGCACUAUAGUUCCCAUGCACGCUGAUGUUUUACGCUCUUUCAUCUCACUUUGGGAUUGUGGGUAAAAUUAGAAGCUGCUUGCGUUUCCUCCAAGGCCUUAAGAGAGAGGGACGCGCCAAGCCUUCUAGAACCUUCAAAACGCUCACGACUGUUCUCUCACACGUAUGCACAUGUACACACUCUGCUCUGUAGCAUAGCUGCAUUUUUCUCUCAACCGUCACCCAUGAAUACUUAGCAUUCAACACUAUUGACUUGCUUCUAGUUUCUGUCUGUCAGUCACUCUCCCACUCUGUUUUGCUUCCAGAGCACCAUAAGGUUCUCCACUGCACUGAAAUGCACUAAUUGUGGUUUAGAGAGCAGAUGUACUGUGCAUUUUAAAACACUUUUUUGUAAGUUCGAUUUUUGGGAGAUUUGCUUCGUUACGGCUUGAGUUGCGUAGCGUCCUUAAACUGGUAAAUAUUUGGCUAAUUUGUGGUAUGUUAGACUAACGCUUGCCUUAAGGUAAAACUGAACAUGACGUGGGAGUUCCGAUUUUCAAAUGUAAUCUCAUUCCAGUUUUGAUCACGUAGUGUAUAAUAUUUAUAUUUGUAGCAAUGUGUUUAUGAUUGUUUCUGGUUGUUUACGUCAUGUACACUUCAUGUAUAGGAUGGUGGUGGUGAGUUCACACAGAGACAGGAUGUGGUCACACAGACAGGAUGAUGUCACAGGAUGAUGUGGUCACGAGAUGUGCUGAUGUCACUGAGAAAUCUGUCACAGAUGUGCUUACCCUGUCAUGUCAGAAACAUGAUGACAUCUCUGGGAGACAUGUUUAUGACAUCACAAAUAUUGUGACAUCACAGUGAGGUCACAGAAGCGGCAGGUAGCCUCAGCGGUUAAGAGUGUUAGGCCAGUAACUGAAGGGUCGCUGGUUCGAAUCCCCGAGCCGACUAGGUGAAAAAUCUGUCGACGUGCCCUUGAGCAAGGCUCUUAACCCUAAUUGCUCCUGUAAGUUGCUCUGGAUAAGAGCGUCUGCUAAAUUACUAAAAUGUAAAGUACAGUCAUUAGGGAUGUGCAGUGUUUUUGGGGACACUUUUGCUACAGUACAAUCAAGGCUCAAGUUCAGCUUUUUUUAAAUUGUGUUAGAUCAAAAGAAAUCUCUGGUGCUCUGUAAACAUGACCCUAACCUUAACACUAUGAGUUAUAGAGGAUACCUGAGUUAUAGAGGAUACUUGGGACAGUUAACUGGAGUCCCAGUGAUUUCUGCUCCCAACUAGAUUAAUUCCAUUAUGAGGAGUAACCAAGCCACUAACAUUUAGAAGCUAAUAUUUGUGAUUCCCUCCACAUAUUGAUCCCAGCACAAUUGUGAUCAAAACUAUUCUGUGGGUAUGUUGGUUUGUAAUGAAGUUUAAGUCAGUUUGAUGGGUCGAUCCCAUGAAGAAGAAUUUGUAUACUUUUUACAUUAUUAUUUGUUUAUUAAUUUUUUUAUAGUUAUUUGUAAUCUCUGGUUCUUUUCAUCAUAUGGUGGUCAUAUAUGUAAUUUCACUAAACCCCAUCCACAUAUUCACACAGGUAUAAAAUAGUAAGAUCUCAAACUGGAGCCAUAUCUAGCAGAGGAGGCUAGUGGGAAGAUCUAUAGGAGGACAGGCUCAUGGAAUAAAUGGAACGGAGUCAAACAUUGUUUCCGUAUGUUUGAUGUUUGAUACCGUUCCAUUUAUACCAUUCCGGCCAUUACAAUGAACCCGUCCUCCUAUAGCUCCUCCCACCAGCCUCCUCUGAAUUCUACAGUAUACAUUCUCUAUUACUCUGUUAACCUCUUUGUUGUUGUUUGUCAUUAUAUCAUGUCAUACUGCUCGUAAAAUAAUAAUGUUUUUCUGACGUUGUUAUAUAUCUCUAAUUGUAUUUUUAAAGAGAAACUCUUGAUAAUAUUGACAGCUCUGGCUUUAGUCUCCCUGGGGCACUCUGUUCUGUCACGAUGAGGAAAUAAAUAAAAGCGUAAUAAAGAUAUAAAUUCAGACCUGUUA